AUGAAUGGGCUCUACCGGCGAACUUGGCAAGCUCUGACGUUCAGAAGUCAACCCUUCUUCAGCGAACGGAGGUCUGGUAAGUAUCAUCGCGAUUCGUACGAUUUCAUGAAAUUAUUGGGGCAUUGCAGAACCAUUAGAAGCGUUCAGGAACUACAUGCCCAGAUUCUCGUUGAGGGUCUUGAUCAAAAUGGAUUCUUAGCCACGAAACUAAUCGGCAAAUACGUUGAGCUUGGUGAAGGUGAAUCGAAAAUGGGAACUGCACGGAAGGUGUUCGAUAGAUUGCUUCAAAGAGAUGUGUUUUUGUGGAAUGUGGUGAUACAAGGAUAUGCGAGUUUCGGUCCGUUUGUUGAAGCUCUAAACCUGUUUGACGAAAUGCGAGUUAGUGGAGAACCCACAAAUCGCUAUACAUUUCCUUUUGUGUUGAAGGCAUGUGGCGCACUGAAGAACAGUGACAAGGGUGAGAUUGUUCAUGGAUACGUUGUGAAAUGUGGGUUGGACUUGGAUUUGUUUGUGGGUAAUGCUCUGAUCUCAUGUUAUUCUAAGUGUCAAGACGUUGAAACUGCUCGUAAAGUGUUUGAUGAUAUGUCUCUAAGAGACACCGUAAGUUGGAACUCCAUGAUUGUUGGUUAUACUUUGAAUGAGAGAGAGGAUGAUGCUAUAAUGUUUUUUCAUGCCAUGCUGCAUAACCAAGCUGAUUGCUUGCCUGAUGAUGCAACACUUGUUGCGAUUCUGCCUGCUUGUGCUACAAAAUCUGCUUCCCAAGUUGGCUUUUGGGUUCAUUCCUAUAUUAUAAAAACAGGAAUGGAAGUUGGGGCUUCCCUGGGCAGUUGCCUUAUUUCUAUGUAUGGUAACUGUGGUCAUAUAAACAUUGCAAGAGAUGUUUUCAACCGAAUCGACAACAAAAACGUUAUCGUUUGGAGUGCAAUCAUAAGGUGUUAUGGAAUGCAUGGUCUUGCAGAUGAAGCAUUGAACAUGUUCAGAAGAUUGGAAGAAGUUGGUGUUAAACCAGAUGGCCUGAUCUUCCUGAAUUUGUUGUCGGCAUGUAGUCACGCAGGGCUCGUUGCAAAAGGACGCGAGAUAUACAAAAAAAUGGAGGCUUACGGUUUGGAGAGGAACGAUAAACACUAUGCGUGCAUGGUGGAUCUCUUAGCGAGGGCUGGUUUCUUAGAACAAGCAGCAGAGUUCAUCGAAGCGAUGCCCGUGCAGGCAGGAAAAGAUGUAUAUGGUGCAUUGUUUGGUGCUUGUAGGAUACAUAAUAACCUAGAGCUAGCUAAAGAAGUGGGGGAGAAGUUGUUUAUCUUAGAUCCCGAAAAUGCCGGUCGGUAUAUGAUCUUAGCUAGUAUGUAUGAAGAUGCAGGGCAGUGGGAAGAUGCUGCUAAAGUAAGGAAGUUGCUGAGGGAUAGGAAUAUUAAGAAGCCAGCCGGUUGCAGUUCAAUAGAGGUAGAUAGGAUCCAUCAUGUGUUUGGGAAGAAGGAUGAAACUCAUCCCUUCACAGAAGAGAUUUUUGACACGAUAGAAAAGCUAGAAAGGCUAAUGGAGGAAGAUUUUGAACCUAUUUAA